CUUGCGGAUAAAACGUUUAAGAGACUCCAUACACGUACAUAUGUGAAAUAAAAAAAUCACUUCCUUGUUUAAAAGUAAUCCGAAAGUAUGAAUUAUACCGUACUAAAUCCUGAUAUGGUACUACCUACUGCGAAAGUGUAACGAUUACAAAUUCUGGACUGUGCAAGGUGACACACCAAGAGCUGACUGAUUUAUUGUAAUUUAUAUAUCAAGAAUGUGAAGAAAGGAACAAAAAUGUCGGACGGAAAAAUUCCUCAACCUUUAGAUAAUAUAGGUUGUCAGGAUCUUUUAUUGGAGGACUACAGUCACAGUGGUUGGUUAAGAAAGCAGAGCUUUAUUAGCAGAUUAGGAAAAUUUAGAUGGCCCCAGAUUUACAUGGUUCUCAGUGGAGGUUGUAUUUAUUAUUUUAAAAAUGAAUACAGUACCCGACCGGCGGGGAAGUUCACCCUUUAUGGGUAUAACACAGUUGCCCGAGCCCAAGAGAAAAUCUCACCCAAAGUGGCCCCCUUCGCCUUCAAAGUUGUUCAUGCCGACCCAGAGUAUAAAACUUACUAUUUCGCUGCUGGUUCGGAAAAAGAAAUGAAGGAAUGGAUGAGGCGUAUAAAAAGUCAGCUAAUGAAAGCUAAUGGACAGAAAGCAGAUAAUUAUUAUUAUAUGCAUAAGAAAGCUGAAAGAGAAAUGAAGGCUGCAGAAGAGGACGAAAAAUCUAUGACGUAUCAGGAAAUAGAAACUGACAUUUACGGUGACACUAAUGCCUUCAAAGCAACCAAUGACUACGCUCUGAAAUUCAAACUCAAAGGAAAAGAUGAUGUGUCAGAUGAUGAGGAUAUCUCUGUACCCGCUCCCCCUCCCCCAAGGAAGCAGGGAAAGGAUGCAUACAAAGAAAGACCCCCAGCCCCUCUACCCGAGGAGGAGAACAAACCGUCAGUCCCUCCCCGACGGCAGGCAGACACGUCUCAACCAGUUAAAGAAAAUGAACAAAGAGAAAGGGGCAAACGAAAAGAAUCCAUGGACGCGGCGGCUAAAGUACAUAAAGAGUUAACAGAGACACUUUCAAACAGUCACUCUAAAGGAAGGCGAAAAGGAUCAAAAGAUAAAGAAAACACUCCAGUUUCUGACAGAAGGAUCGCCGAAAUCAAAGCUGCAGACGAGGAGGAUGAUGAAGAUGAAGAUAGCGAGGACUAUUGGAGUAAUAUUUACUACGAAGGUGAUGAUAAGGAAAGGGCACAAGAAAUUAUAAGGAAUAUUGGUGAGGAUGGCGUGUAUCUAGUUCGAACAGGUGCAGAUGGCGGACAGGUUUUGGUUGUAUUUGCAGAAAACAUGCCAAAGAAAUAUAAAAUUACCAACGAGAACGGUGAAUUUUAUCUCAAGAAGGAGGGUCCCCAUUGUGACUCAGUGGAAAUGUUAAUGUACACCUAUUACUCAACAGAGCUUCCUACAGCAAAAUCUUGUCUAGAAACACCUUACAAGCUCCACUCUAAAUAUAAAGGGUAGCAGCCCUCUUUAAGGUUAGCAGUAUUUAUAAUAUUCUGUUGUACAUU